AGUAUACUGCCCUACACCGUCGUGAGAGUACGUACGAUUCAUACAAUGAAUCACAUUAGCACGGUUUAAUACGUCUAAAAUCGUAAUCAAUAAAUUAUUAUAUUUACUUAAAACAAGCGUGUAUAAUUAUAAAAAUCUUUGCCACCAUUAGUAAUUAGCUUUAUAUCGUAAAUGACUUACUAAUUAGAUAGUGUUGACAAAAUAUCGAAUAUUUUUGUCAGUUUAACAUGAGUGUUUUGGUGUGAGUAAAGGUGAAAAACGUUUCUGUGUAUUUAAAAUGGAUACAAUUAAGGUCGUUGGUGAUUAUGUCAGAGAAAGGUCACCUUUUUCGCUGGACACAUGGUUCGGAAGGCCGAAGAAAGCUGGCGGGGGCAUGGAGCGUGGGUACGAUACGGUUCCCCGGGCUGAGUUGCGUGGUGAUGAGGAGCCUCCUUUGGAGUAUAAGAGCAAGAUUGACGCCCUUGAUGAUGAACAGUUGGAGAGCCGAUUUGAGGAGAUGCUGACGGAUAUGAAUAUAGGUGAGAAGAAGAAGGAGCCGUUAAGAAAAUAUUCAAGUGACCAGAAGAAAAAAAUGUUGGUCGCGUAUAAGUUUGUCAAUACACAGGAAGGUCGUUCGAAAUUUGAAAAGCCAUCAGACUACGUGACCUACCUCAAUCAGCCAGAGUUAUCAGUUGGGAAGUUGCACAGUUGUUUGGAGAAUUUACGUAUUUCACUAACGAACAACCCGCUGUCUUGGAUCGAGGAGUUUGGUACUAAGGGAAUUGAGAGUUUGCUGACCACACUCAAUGUUUGUUAUACUAAUGGAAGUGGUUUUUAUCGUGAUUCCCGUUACGAUCGCGUUCAAUACGAGUGUAUCCGAUGUUUGUCAGCUAUUUUAAACAAUACGGUCGGUAUUCGAGCUGUGUUUGAAUGUCGGGAGGCCUUGCCGGUACUGGCUAGAAGUCUGGAUGCAAGGAAACCCCAUUGUGCCUUGGAAGCUGCUAAGGUCCUAGCUGCAAUAUGUUUGAUACCGAAUGGCCACGAAAAAGUCCUAGAAGCGAUCACAAUGGCCGGCGAGUCGAGUCGAAAACCAAGAUUGCUACCCAUUGUGGAGGGACUUCAUCCCAAAGCGCCUGAGAGUUUAAAGAACGGCUGCAUGCAACUGAUGAAUGCAAUAAUAACUGAGCCAGAGGAAUUGGAGUUUCGAAUGCAUUUGAGAAGCGAAUUUAUGAGAACUGGACUUUAUGAUCUGAUUGAGGAUUUAAGAGCGGGUGCGGAAGAUGGCGGUCGUCUGAUUCAAAUGAACGUCUUUGAUACGUAUGCUACUGCGGACCAAGAGGAGUUUCUCGCUAAGUUUGAUGAUGUCAGAGUUGACUUCCAAGACGUGAACGAGUGCUUCGAGCUGGUGAAGAAUCUGGUACUGGAAACUCCAGCAGAACCGUUCUUGCUCUCCAUAUUACAACACCUGCUAUUCAUCAGAGAUGAUGAGCUUAUAAGACCUGCGUACUACAAACUAAUAGAGGAAUGUGUAACUCAAAUAGUGUUACACAAAAAUGGCUACGACCCCGACUUCAGACUGACACAACGAUUCAAUAUUGAUGUACAGCCUUUGAUUGACGGACUUAUUGAAAAGUCUAGAGCAGAGGAAGAAAAGAAGCUCGAAGAGUUGAAAAGUAAACUGGAGGUGGCCAUCUCGGCCCGACAGGAAGCAGAGGCCAGGGUGACGCAUCUAGAAGAGAGGAUGAAAAGUAUAUCUACGCCGAGUGGGCCUGGUGGAGUGUCUCAGGGAAAUAUCGCUGCUAUUGCUAAGGCAAUCGGCAGCCCCGGAGGUCCACCCCCACCGCCGCCGCCGCCUAUGCCUGGAGGAGGGCCACCGCCACCGCCGCCGCCACCAUUCCCCUCAGGUGGUCCCGCGCCACCACCUCCGCCUCCUAUGCCUUCAGGAGGGUCAGGGCCACCGCCGCCCCCCUUCCCAGGAAUGGGGGGUCCACCACCGCCCCCUAUGCCAGGAAUGGGUCCGCCACCACCUCCUCCUCCUCCAGGGAUGGGACCAAGACCACCUCCCCCGCCGGGAGGCUUCAUGGCGCCUAGGAUGCCUCAACCAGAUAUCCUACCUCAUGGUUUGAAGCCUAAGAAGAAGUGGGAGGUUGAAGGACCCCUGAAACGUGCCAACUGGAAAACUAUUGUGCCACAAAAAAUGUCCGAAAAGGCUUUUUGGGUUAAGGUACAAGAAGAUAAAUUGGCGUCACCAGAUAUCCUAAGUGGUCUGGCAUUGAAAUUCUCAAGUAAACCAGUUGCUAAGAGAAACGAGGAUGCUGUCGAUAAGGUGCACACACUAAAAAAAGUGAAAGAUUUGAAAGUGCUGGAUUCAAAGGCUGCUCAAAAUCUGUCGAUCCUUUUGGGUGGUUCGCUCAAACAUAUGUCGUACGAACACAUACGUACGUGUAUCUUAAAGUGCGAUACUACAGUGCUCACGGCAAAUGUUUUGGAUCUCUUGAUACAGUACUUACCUCCAGCAGACCAGUUAAAGAAACUGGCUGAACUUAAAUGUAAGAGUCAAGAACUGACUGAAGCUGAACAGUUUGCGGCGACAGUUGCAGAUAUUAAACGAUUGGUGCCGCGAUUAAGGAGUUUAGCCUUUAAAGAACACUAUAGGGAGAUAAUAUCAGAAGUUAAGCCGGAUAUAGUGUCAGGCACGGCAGCCUGUGAGGAAGUAAAGUCGAGCGGCAAGUUUUCCAAAAUCCUUGAACUUCUGCUUCUAUUGGGUAACUAUAUGAACACGGGGUCAAAUAACGCUGGCGCUUUCGGAUUCGAGAUCAGUUUCCUUACCAAGUUAACAGCCACAAAAGACUUGGAGAACAAGCAGACAUUGUUACACUAUUUAGUGGAUACGAUAGAACAGAAAUUCCCCGACGUACUUAAUUUUGCGGAGGAGAUGCCUCAUAUUGACAGGGCAGCGAGAGUGUCAAUGGAGAGUCUACAAAAAUCGUUAAAGAAAAUGGAAAAUGACAUUCGCGCUUUGGAGACGGAUCUGAACAACGCGCGGGUACAACAGAGCCCUGACGACUUGUUCAACGAGUCUAUGAGCAGUUUUGCCGUUGAAGCACGUGAGCAAUGCGACCUUCUCCACUCGAUGUUUAGGAAAAUGGAGACAUUGUACAAGGGAAUAGCGGAGUACUACGUGUUCGAUCCUCAGAAAUAUACGCUAGAGGAAUUCUUCUCGGAUAUCAAGACGUUCAAGGAUUCUUUUGCAGCGGCAUAUCAAGACAACGUAGUAAUAAGAGAGACGGAAGAGAGAGCUAGAAGAGCAAGAGAAGCUCGUGCUACAGCUGAAAGAGAAAGAAGAGAUCGCCAACAUCGGUACAAGCAGUUUGUAGACAUGGAACAUGCACAGGACGGUGUUAUGGAUAGUUUGAUGGAAGCGUUACAGAGUGGUUCAGCGUUCAGCAGAGAACGGCCCAGAAAGAAAGCCAAUCCCAGAGUUGCAGGAGAGGACACAAGCCAGGAGGAGAGUUUAGUGCAAGCGAUUUUGCACCGUAUUGCAGCUGAGCGAAGAGCGCAGUUGAACCGUUCAAGAUCGAGGUCCGGUUUAACCGGACCGCUUACGACUAGAGAAUUAACGAAUGAGUUGCUGAGCAACGCGUGAUGUCAUCAAUCAGUGAUAUUAGUGUAUUAUUAACUAGUUGUUAAGUCAAUCGAAUGUCAUGGCCUACUUGUACUUUUUAAUCUGUGUACGCGGUUCUAUCUGUCGAUGUCACAUGUCUAUUUCAAAAAUGUGAUAUUUUUUUUAAUUUUAUGGUCUGGUAACAAAAUUUAAUAAAAUGUAGAAGACAAAAAUUACAAAUAGAGGUUGGAAAAAGUUAGCCAAUUGUCAAUCAUAAUACAACUGCUUGAUAAAGAUAUUCAAACAAAAGUUGUUCAAGCUACCUGAAGUAUACAAGUACUGCCGUCAUGGUUACUUGCCGGAGUAGUUACUUUGAAAUUUUCUGUGUUGUAAAAUACAAGAAUAGAAAUACAAACCUUCUCAAAAUAGUUCUUAUAAUAUUAUAGUGUCAGUGGCGGAACUCUCGGUUUUGAAAUCAACGCUGCGUAUAUAUUCGUUAAUACUAUAGAUGUUACAGAGUACCCACGCAGUUUAAUAUUUUCUAUAGCACUGACCAAUCAGCAGAAUACGAAUGAAUAGAAAUGAUGAUCCUUAAUUCGAUUUACGCAAUUAAUAAAUCCAGUUUUUAGAACUUUCGUACAAAUAUAAUGUUUGACACUACUAAAGAAAUGGCAAUGUCGUAUUUUAUCAUCGUCAAUCAUCAAUCGCGAAGAAUCUGAAAUCCAAAAUUAAUUAUUAAAAUCAUAAGUUUUUCGUUUUUCUCACUUUAAAGUGCGAUUGGUAAUGUCGAUAGGUCAAAAAAGAAACAUAUCAAAGACAAAUAGAAGCGCGUACUCACCCGCCAGAGGGCUCUUCCAACAGGUGUAUUAUAUUAUUUGUCUCAGACUUGUAAGGCAAAGGAGUAUCAGUAAACAUUAGAUUUUAAAUAUUACGAAAACGAACAAUCAUAAAAUAAUAUUAGAAAAUUUUUAUAGAACAAAAUGCUAGUAAAAAUAAUUACGAGGAAAAAUCAUAAAACUCAAAUUCCACAAAAAAAAUCCGGGGCUUAUGAAGUUUUUUUAAUAAAAAUUAGCCUAUUUAUAUUUUUGCCUAAUUAUUGAAAUCUUGUAUGGAAUAUUUGUAUACAAAAACAAGGAUUUAUACAUUUGUCUAAUGGUUACUGACUCGACUUACUAUGAAUAGUCUGUAUAAUUAAGAGUUUUUUUUGUAAAUCUCGCAGUAAUGUUUAGAUGCUUGUAUAGGCUGUAUUGAAGCUGUCUAUAAAAUUGGUUAAAAUAUGUCCUUGUCUAAAUAGUUCGUGUCUAUUCCGAAAAAAUUAGGAUCUAUUUGCAUUGUAUAUUUUGGAUUUUUCGUAUGAAUCUCAUAAUUUUUUUUUAAAUAUUUUAUAGACAGCUCAUUUAUUUCGAUGCAAUUUAAUUUAUUACAGUAUUUAAACUGUCCAAUAUGAAAUAAUAAUUUCGUCCAACGUUCAAAUGUAUCGCACAAUAAAGCGAAUUAUACACUUUAUUUAUUUUGGUUUAAUAACAUUUAUACAAAUAAGUUAUAAUGUGUAUAAACAUGAGUUUUAAAUAGAUUAAUAGAACUAUGAAUUUUAAAGGAUUAUUAUUUGAUGUUAUGUUUUUAAAUGUAGCAUUUUAAUCGCUCUUUGAGAUACACAAACAAAUUAGCUGUAAGAUUUUUUAAAAAUAAAAUAUGCUUUUUAAAUAAUAAAAAAAAUAUUGAAUUAAUUGUUACAUUAGAAUUUCUUAUUUUAGUUGUGAUUUUUUAAUGAAGCCAUAGUAACACUGGAAACCGGUUUGAUGCUGAUUAAAAUAGGAUUAAAAAGAGAUACAGUGAUUGCAUGGUCAAUUUUGGUACUUAUAAUUUACUUUGCAGUUUAGUUAUAUUUGGACAAAAAUCGUAAGCUCUUGAUGAGAUAAAUUAUAACUCUUGAUCAUUAAUGUAGCGAAAUGUGAUUUAAUCUGUUAAAUUCUAAUUAUUUUUACACAAUACCUUUCCGAACAUCGUAACAUAGGUUUUUUUAUGACUUAAUAUAAAUAGCAGUCGCACAACACGUGUUAACUAACGAAUUCUUUAAGAUUUCUGGCCUAAUUCAUAAACGUAAUAUGAACAGCAAUAUAGAAUUAAAAAUUCUUUCAAUACCAAUUUUUACUAAUUUUUAAUACUGUUUUAUUCUUGCUAUGUACUCGUAAAUAAAAGAUAAUUUAGACUUUAGUAUAAAACGUGAUCUGUACCAUGUUUGUUACCAUGGUUACCAUACUUCUUACAUGAACUCUGCAACUGUGGUAACACAAGGUACUAUUUUAAGUCCACUUUUUAUUAUAAGGCGAGGCGGGUAAUACGUUUAUGAAAAAGCAUGAAUAACAAGUGUAUAGUUCGCUCAAAUGUAUUUAAUAUAAAUUAAUAAAACAAUAUUUAUAAUAACUGGAUAUAUACAGCAUAUUUUAAGGUUCUGUUAUUUUGUUUUUACUUAGAUUUUCGUGUCUAAAUUGAAAAUUUUGUCUUAUUAAAAAUGUAUUUGUAAUAAAGACUGUUAUUCUAACGGCCAUAUGUCUGCUUUGACUGAAAUUCGCGUCCCUAAAUAUUAAAAAACACCUUGGUCUUAUACGCCUAACCAACGAAGACCACAUGUUUUUCAAAACUGUUUAUGAAUUUGGUCAUUUUAUCGUAAUCGCUUUUGUAGAUCGUAUGUUAUAUACUAAUUAUAUAAUGUAAAUAUAUUUUUGUAAAAUGUUACAUUUUUUGAUUAAUUACAAUGUUUUUAAAACUA